GACAAUCAACAAUCAGUCCGACAACAAACCGCUAGUCGGACCAGAGACUUUCGAGUUUGAUAUUAGAACCGAGAACCUCCGAAAAUGUUCAGCGGAUUUAGAAAAUACCGAGUGCUCAUCUCCGUGGCUCUCUUCCUAGUUCUCACCGUCCCCUCAUGUGAAGCGUACAUGGCUCAGAUCCCAAGAGUGAAGACGAUCAAUGGAAACUGUAUCCACCCAAUGUUCGGUAGGAAGAUACCAGCCGACGAGUCCUACUACCCGAAAGAUGUUUGCGAGAGACAUACGUGCGACUACGCCCGGAAGACCAUUACAAUCUACGGUUGCGGUGUGGUGAUGACGGCCCCCGGAUGCCAAGCAGUUACCGACCCCACCAAGAAAUACCCCAACUGCUGCAUGCCCAAGAUCGUGUGUCCGUGAAUCGUGCCAAAUCUAGGUCGAGGUUGCCCCCGUGAUAGUUCUGCUUGUAUUCGGAACAAUUUCAAUACGUCUCCCUGGUACGAAGAUGUGCGAUGGACGUUAUCAUUCGCGAUUUCUCAACGCGAGAAAUCUCGCUAGACCAAAGCUGUGUAUAAAUGAAUUUACAAUUAGCUAGGAGUCAGAAUAAUAAAGUUUCGAAUGCUUGUAUUUUCGAUUA